CUCCGCUGCUCUCCCCUCCCUCCACCUUCCCCGUCGUCUCACACCCGCAAUUGUCCGUCAUCAUGGCCUCUGCUCGCUCCUUGAUGCGGCUGGGAUCUGGCCGCUCCCUGGCCACCGCCGUCCGGUCGACCCGUACCUUCACUACGACCGCUCUGAAGGCCACUCAGGCCUCGACCGCGCCUAUCUCAGAGGAUGUUCCCAACAUGCGCCAGGCCCAGCGUCCCCCCUCUGGUCCUCUCCGCGCCCCCGUCAUCAACCCGGCCGACAAGUACCAGGACAAGGCGGACAGCCUGCACAAGUACGGCCAGUACAUCAUGUCGUGCCUGCCCAAGCACGUCCAGCAGUUCUCCGUCUGGAAGGAUGAGCUCUGCAUCUACGUCCCUCCCUCCGGCUUGAUCCCCACCAUGACCUUCCUGAAAUACCACACCGCGGCCGAAUACACCCAGAUCUCGGACAUCACCGGUGUCGACUUCCCCACCCGCGACCAGCGCUUCGAGGUCGUCUACAACAUGCUCAGUGUGCGCUACAACUCGCGUAUCCGUGUCAAGACCUACGCCGACGAGGCCAGCCCCGUGCCCAGUGUUACCGGUCUGUUCGAGGGUGCUCUGUGGUACGAGCGUGAGGUGUACGACAUGUUCGGUGUCUUCUUCACUGGCCACCCCGAUCUGCGCCGUAUCAUGACCGACUACGGUUUCGACGGUCACCCGCUGCGCAAGGACUUCCCCUUGACUGGAUACACGGAGCUGCGUUACUGUGAGGAGAAGAAGCGCAUUGUCAUUGAGCCUCUGGAGCUUACGCAGGCGUUUCGGAACUUCGAGGGUGGUACUGCUGCCUGGGAGCCUGUCAGUGCGGGUACUGACAGAACUCCUGAGUCGUUCAAGCUUCCCACCCCCAAGCCGGAGCCGAAGGAGGAGGAAAAGAAAUAGAGGAGAUGUAAUCGUAUUAUCUUUCCUUACUGGUUCUGUAUGUACAUACCGUGUGUUGAAUUUGACGUUGGUUUCGCGCAAACUUCU